AUGUCUCAGGCUGAGCGUUUUAGUGAUGCUGAAUCUAAAGAGAGUAACGUAGUGCCGCAACGAGAAGUUGCUAGAGUAGGGGUAUCUUGCCCACCAUUUUGUCCUGAGGAGCCCGCGUUUUGGUUCGCACAAUUAGAAGGACAAUUUGUGCUUUCAAGGAUAACUAGUGACACUAGUAAAUUUUAUACUGUUACCACGCAGCUUGAGACUAAAUAUGCACUACAAGUUAAGGACAUAAUCACUAACCCUCCUGAGACAAACAAGUACCUUAAACUAAAGACAGAGCUGAUCAACCGUCUAUCCGCCUCACAAGAAAAGCGCACACAGCAACUUUUAAUUCACGAGGAGCUUGGUGAUAGGAGACCAUCACAGUUUCUCCGCCAUUUGCAAAAUUUAGCAGGUCCUUCUGGUGCAUCCGAUUUUGUCAAAAGUAUAUGGACAAGUCGCUUACCACAGAACAUACAAACUGUCAUUGCUUCACAGAUCGCCGAUUUACAGGUCGAGCAACUAGCUGAGAUCGCGGACAGGGUGCAUGAGAUAGCACCGUCGACCCCGCAAGUUGCUUCCGCUAGCGUUCCUGCCUCCGAGUUGGCUAAACAAGUGAGCGAGCUGACCAAGCAAGUCGCCCUACUGACAACGAGGCUCGAUAAGCAAGACAGAAGACAGUCACGACCCCGCUCACGCUCACGCUCCCGCUCACAAUCCCGAUACAGAAGGUAUGACCGCUCUAGUAGCUUUAGACGUCAGCAACCGCCUCCCGAUCAUCCGCAUUGCUACUACCACUACACGUUCGGUGAUAAGGCUAAGAAGUGUAAGCAGCCCUGCACAUAUAAGUCGGAAAACGCAGCGGGCAGUCGCAAGUAG